CCGCCGAGCAUCCGGAGGUGGAAUACUGUGCUAUCUACCUAGGUUGCACCGCGGAAGACGCUGGGAACACCAGAACCACGCUGACAAAGUUCGUCUGACUGAACCCUUCCCUCCAUGAUUCCCCCGAUGAUUCGCAUACCGAUUCGUCUGUUGAGCAGCACACCCCGCAACCGAUUGGUCCCUCUAAAUUGCCGGUUGUCGCUGGAACAGUCCCGAUCGAAUCUUGGCCAGCAGCGCCGUGCAAUGUCUACCACCAUGGAACCAGGCCUGAAGAUGUUGCGAUCCAACCGGCUAAAGCGGGUCUUCACCGAGGACCGGCGUCCGGCCAUGGGUUUCUGGCAGAUGCUGCCUGGUGCCAACAUCUCCAGGAUCUUGGCAAGAUCAGGCGCUGACUGGGUCAUGGUGGACUGCGAACAUGGCAACAUCGAUGAUGCCGCGAUGCACGAGGCGGUUCCAGCCAUCGCAGCCCUGGAUGUAUCACCAAUCGUUCGCCUGCCGGGCACCGAAUCGUGGAUGGUGAAGCGGGCCUUGGAUACAGGAGCACAUGGUAUCUUGGUCCCACUCAUCCGGACCGUCGAGGAGGUCAAGAGUGUCGUAGCGGCGGCCAAGUUUCCACCGGAGGGGCAGCGAGGAUUCGGCUCCCCCUUCGUGCUGCAGAAUUUUGAAGCAGGAUUGACCCUAACCGAAUAUCUGCAGCAAGCAAACGACAACCUUUUGACAAUGGUGCAGAUCGAGACCCGGGAAGCGCUGGACUUGGUCGAAGAAAUAGCGCCUUUAGUAGAUGUGGUGUUUAUCGGACCGUACGACCUUGGAAACAAUAUUGGUCAUCCUAUCCUCGGCGGUAAGAUGGACCCCGAACUGCACGACGCCAUCGCGAGGGUCUUGAAGGCAGCCGUGGCAGCUGGCAAGAAGUGCGGCAUCUAUUGCAUUUCGGGUGCUCAAGCGAAGCAGUAUGCGGACAUGGGGUUUCACAUGAUCAGCGUGGCGACUGAUUACUCGACCCUGGGUGAAGCAAUGGUGGAACGUCUUACCAUCGCUCGGGGCCAAGCAGAGGAAGAGAAGGGCGGUUCAUAUUAGGGGCCUGAGCUAUUCUCGUACGAAUGGUUGGGCGGGCAGUGGCUGUGGCCGCGCAGAUAUGGCUUGUCUCUGUUUAGCCCGAGGGAGCAAUUGCCAAUCACCGUGAUGCAACGCGACAUCUUAAGAAGGCCCCGAGGGAUUUUAAUACUAAUACUGCCGGCCGACGACGGCCGACCAGCGAGAAUACGAUAGCCGCCAUUAGGGCA